AUGGACGUAGCGAGCCCCGUCUCUCUCAGGCAGAUGUUUAAGUCCUCCCUCCGCCAGCUUCCGUGUUGCUUCCCCUUGCGCCACUACCACGCGGGGGACGAUCCUCUACACUUCUACGGCGACGCCACGUCUCCUCAGGUCGGGACACCACCCUCUUCGUGGACAAAGCCGGUGAACACCCAGGAGAUGCCCGAAUUCAAGGAUAAGACCAAGAAUCACAGGUCACGUUUCGGGAGGCACAAGCGGCGGCACUCGUCCGUGGAUCUCCAUUACGACCCCCUGAGCUACGCAAUGAAUUUCGACGAAGGUGGGGUCGAUGAGGAUAAAGUGGACGACGAGGCACCGUCGAGGAACUUCAUCUCCAGGUUGCCGAGAGGAGGAGUCGAACUCCACAUCUGUGAUACUAGCGUCCCUACCCCUCAAUCCAUUUACCAGCAGGGCUGCAUGCCUAUUGACCAACCAAGUUUCUUUGACUGA